UUGUUUGCCACUCUAUCCCUUAACUCUCGAACAUUAAGAUGUAACCGCGCUGGAAAAUAUGUUAGAAAGUCAACAACAAGGAUCCGUGGCAGUCGAAAAGAACAACUUCAUUGCCCAUCUUUUCUGAAUGCAGAUAUUCGAAAUGACGGCACAGUGUUUGUGAAGGGCUGCUUUGGGCAUGCCGGACACAGCCUGAACCCAGAACUUCUACGUUUAUCAUCAGGAGAGCGAGAGAUUCUGUAUCAACUAUUGGAAGAAAAUACGAUCGAUAAUGUUUUCCAGUGGCUUCGCAUCGAAUUUGGUAAUACAGAGUCAAAACUUGCUUAUCUCACCAAAACAGAUCUGUUGUAUUACGCCAAGAAACUCAGUCCUCGGGCAGAUGAACAGAAUGCCAGCGAUUUGACUCCACUGCCAUUGCCAACAGAAGAGGAUAUUUCUUACGACACUGUGAUCGAAGAGUCAGAAGAGUUUGUUUUACCGGAGCCGAGAGAAUCGGAGCUGUACGAACAAGAAUAUGGAGGAGAAGAAAUAUUUUAUGUGAAUGAAGAACAAGAACUAGUAUCCGAGCAACCACGGAAGGAACAUAGACUUCGGUUGCUCAACUCGAUAAUAAGCAGAUGUGCAACUGUUCGAAUGAAUGCUGAAGCCUUGGCUGCGCAAGACGAUGAGGAGGCGAUGGAAAUUCUGGAGACAAUUGAUGAAUAUAUGAGAUGUGCUGCGACCGCAGCACGCAAGUAG